UCAACUUCUUGAAAAUUCAAUACAUCCAUUAUCCAACAAUUAGUAUUAAAUUAUAAUUAAUUUUUUAACGUAAAUAAAACUGACAAAACACGGCUCUCUCUUCUUCUUCAUCAUCAUCAUCGGAAAAAAAAUCAAAGUUUCUAUAAAUUGUUGAAUCACAAGCAGAGAAGAAGAGAUCAUGAAUCCAGAUUCCGAUUAUCCUCAUCUCCCUAACAUCAAGAUCCACCAUCCUUCAUCUCCUCGUCACUCUCACCACCACUCUUCCUCCACUCCUUCCGCCGCUACUCCUACCCCAACCGCCGGUGCUCGCCGUAAGAUCGGAGUCGCCGUUGACCUCUCCGAAGAAAGCGCCUUCGCUGUUCGCUGGGCUGUCGAUCAUUACAUCCGUCCCGGUGACGCCGUCGUCAUUCUCCACGUUUCUCCAACCUCCGUUCUCUUCGGCGCCGAUUGGGGACCACUCCCUCUCCAAACUCCUCCUCCUCCUUCCGCCGCUACCGAUCCCGGAGCUCAACCGAAGCCUAGUCAGGAAGAUUUCGAUGCGUUUACUUCUUCCAAAGUAGCAGAUCUAGCGAAGCCAUUGAAGGAAGCUGGGUUCCCUCAUAAGAUCCAUAUAGUGAAAGAUCACGAUAUGAGAGAGAGGCUUUGUUUAGAGACUGAAAGGCUUAAUCUAAGCGCUGUGAUAAUGGGAAGCAGAGGAUUUGGUGCUGAGAAGAGAGGAAGUGAUGGCAAGCUUGGCUCUGUUAGUGAUUAUUGUGUUCAUCAUUGUGUUUGUCCUGUUGUUGUGGUUAGAUAUCCUGAUGAUCGUGAUGGUCCUGCUCCUCCUGGGAAUGUUGGAGCUACGAGGGAAGCUAUUGUGACUGUUAAAUCACGUAGGGAUGAUGAUGAUGAUGAUGAUGAAGAUGAUGAGGCUAAGAUUGCUGCUGCUGCUUCUGUUCAUCAUGAACACAUCAAAGAUGAGUAAUGUCCCUUAGUAUCUCAUCGGAUUCACCCUCUUCUCCAGUCAGGUACGACGAUGGAUGAAACAAAGCGGAUUUGUGCAGAGGAGUGUGUUUGUGUGUGUGUUUGUGCUAUCUUUUGCAAUCAUGAAAAGUCUCUGGAAUCUCCUCUGGAUUAUUUAUUCUCACUCAUUGUUCUUCUUAUAAUUCUCCAUGUAUGAUUUUCACAUUAAAACAAUGCCCUUUUGGGAUUAUGAUCUUAAUCUUCAAUCUAAUUUGAUAUCCGAUGAGAAACUAA